UAGGAUUGUCAUUCUAAAUCAAGAGUCUCCCUCAACUUGUGGGUCGAGACCCCCGUGGGGUUGAACGACCCUUUCACAGAGGUCACCCAAGACCAACCGAAAACACAGAUAUUUAUAUUACGAUUCAUAACAGUAGCAAAAUUACAGUUAUGAAGUAGCAAUGAAAAUAAUUUGAUGGUUGCGGGGGUCAGCACACCACGAGGGACUGUAUUAAAGGGCAACAGCAUUAAGAAUGUUGAGAACCACUGCUCUAGAUAGAGCCUGGAGCCCACGGGUUUGGGAACUAAGGUUUAGUUAGUGAGCCCUGUGCUGGGCUGCCUCAGAAAGGGUGACACAGGGCAUCUGCUGAGGGUAGAAUCCUGGCCCUGUGUGAGGUGAAGCUCAGUUGCCAGGUGACUGUCCCAGGACAGCCACCCACUGUGCCUGCUUGCUGUGCUCACUCAGCAAUAGCCACCCCAAUAGUGCUCAUUCCCUUGCCACCAUGUCGAGGCAGCUCAACAUGGACACCCUGCGGCAAAACUUCUGGAAGGAGGAAUACCUCAGAGAGAUGAAGUUGCGCUGUGAGUGGCACCGCAAGUAUGGAACUCUGGUGAAGGCCAAGCAGAAGGCCAAGGCUGCAGCCCGCCUGCCCCUGGAACUGCCCACCCUGCUGCCUAAGGCCUCGGUCUCACGACCACCUGCCUCCAAAGCAGCCUCUUCCAAGGCCCUCAGCCCUUCCCCAGAGACUCCUUUUCAGUCAGAAAUGUACCCAGUACCAUCUGACACCAGAGCCCUGCUGUACGAAGGCAUCUCCCAUGACUUGCAGGGACGCUACCAGUAUCUCAACACCCGAAAACUGGACCUGCCAGAGACACGCUACCUGUUCCCCAUCACCACCAACUUCACAUAUGGCUGGCAGCUGGGUCCUGCUACAAAGCAAGAAUUGGUCUCCUGCAAGAUGUGCCGCAUUGAGUCAUUCUUCCGUAAAAAUGGGGCCUUUGCAUUCCUGGAUCCCCGAGAUCUGGCCAUCUGACCUCGGGCCUGGCAGUGACUUAGGGACAGAAAGAGGAAAUAAUAGGAUUCUUGUUGGAGCUGCA